AGGAAAGGAUUAUGGCCGUCCCUACCAGACCGACGUGGAAGAUUCCUCCUCCAGGCCGCUUCCCGGUCCCCAAGCAGGCCUCGCUCCCCACGCAGCCGCCCACCAACUCCUCCGCCAGGGUCCGCGUCGAGAAGCCCUGGAGGAACAACAACCGAGUCACCGACGUCAUGCCUCCAGGGAACACGUCGAAGAAAGCGACCUCCGACGACGCCCAGAAGGGAAGGCGCCUCAAGAACUACCCUCGUCACGGGAGUCGGUUCAAUGACACGACACUCAUCGUCGACCUCAUAAUGGACGUGGAAGGGACGGCGACGACCUGCUACCAUCGCGAGCUGUUGAGGGCAUCGGAUGUGGUUGUCGUGGUUCAUGUAUUGUUCCUAUUAGUACGAGGUUGGUUUCAGAUCAUAUAGUAAUGCUCUAAAUGCUUAGCUGUUGAAUGAAGUUACAGUAUUACUGACAAUCACAAAAGUCUUUUAGGUGGGUAGAGCUGAUGUAUUAUACCGUCAGAACAGAAAUGCAUUAAUCGACACCAAUACAUGAUAUCUUCCGCUCAAUACCACACCUGCGUUAAGAAUUUCUGGGUCUUUGUUUUUAAUGAUGAUCAGGCUUUGCUUCAAAAGAUGAUUUGAUACUUGACAUAUAAUAUCAGAGUGUAAUUGAUGUUAUACUACAGUUGCCUUUGUGCGAACUGUCUAGAAAUUGCUAAAGGAGCAUUUGACCCAGAUAUCUUAAAACUGAUUGAGGCUACAGCUUGUAAUAAGACACUCUUAUGGACACAUCAGUGGGACUAAUCCUCCCUUAAUGAAGAUGGCUGUGUAGUAUUUGUUUGUGUGUUUCAGCGACACUCACUGUUGGUGGAUAAACACCAGACGCUCAGCAUAAGAUGCCGUUUCAGUGUAUAGAUGUAUAUUUGUGAAUAAGAUGUAUAAAAUGACAUGCGGUUAUCAUAAUUUUAAGAAGAGAUGUUCAUGUUACUGUAAUUAUUAGUGGUGUAAUGUAUAAUGGUAUAGUCUUUCGAGUUAGUGAAGCGAGAGUGUGUAAUGUCAGCUUGGAUAGUUUACCAGUGCGAUGAAAAGUGUCAUAAAAAGUACUGUAAGUGUUAAUAAGAGAGUGUACAGUAGAAACCUACAUGUUAUCGCAUAUUCCACAUUCAUUUAAUCGAUGGAGCAUGCAAGUCACCUAAAACCAAACAGUAUUAGUCAUGCACAUAAUUUUGAUUGCAGUUUUAUGCCGCUUGUAUAUAAUGGGAUUAGUCAUCGCCUCUUAGAAUUUACUGAAGAAUGGAUGUUUUAAAAAGUAUAAUUUUGGUAAUAUUCUUCCCAAAUUUUGUGAAAGUCAACUACGAAUGUUAAAAAACUAAGCAUAUCAUAUGUAAUAUCAACAGUGUAAGUAUUCAGCAUACGUGUAUAUCUAAUUAUAGGGACUGGAAUCCAAUAUACGUAAUCGACCAUCGUUAGUAUUAGUAAAAUGUCAUAAGGAUUCUGUCAAUUCUCAGUCUUACAUAAGUCAGUGUUCAUGUAAUUUUGCCACUGUAUCCAUGAGCACAUACAGUGAAGUAGUCAGUAUUCAACAUGUCAGUGACGUUUGUAUUCGUAUGUAUCCACAGGCACUAUAUACUGUAUCCGUG